AUGGGCGCAACCCCAUUUCAUCGUUCCAUCCUCGAAGUCCGGCUGCCAAAGCACUUUGACAAGCCGACGGACAUGAGCCUCCCACAGGGCUCGGUGGCCAGGUUUUCGGAUAUUAGCCACGCCUUCCUAGCCCAAUUUACUACCAGAAUCGCAAAGGCAAAGCACCCGAUCAAUCUGCUCGGGGUGACCCAGAGGUCCGGCGAACUGACAAGGAAAUAUCUAGACCGGUUCAACGACGAGUGCCUAGAGAUCGACAGGCUGACUGAUUCGGUUGCUAGCCUAUGCCUAACGAAUGGACUUCUAAACGAGGACUUCAGAAAGCACCUCACCACGAAGCCGGUGUGGACGAUGCAGGAGAUUCAAAGUGUAGCCAGGGAAUACAUUAACGAUGAAGAAGUCAGCCAGGUCGUGGAUGCCAACAAACGGCAGCCCUCCUACAAUCAAACACGGCAGCACGGAAGCGGAGAAAGACAGAAGGAACACGCCAGAGAUGGCGGUCUGAGCAAGGCACCCAGGUCAUUUCCUCGAGUCGGGAAGUUCACCAAUUACACCCCCACCAUCCCCAUCAUAAAAGUUUAUCAACAGAUAGCAGAGAAGAAAAUUUUGCCGAAGCCCCGACCUCUGAAGAACCGGACCGGGGGAAGCAAGAGCCUCUAUUGUGAUUAUCACAAAGGCUAUGGACACAAGACACAGGAUUGCUUCGACUUGAAGGACGCGUUCGAACAAGUGAUCCGGGAUGAAAAGCUGGCCGAAUUCUCCCACCUCAUCAGGGAGCCGAGGAGGCAAGAUCGCGACUGCGACGGAGAGGACAAGACCCGCGCGACGAAGCGACGUCACGAGCCGGAGGACAACGAACACGGCCUUACCAUAGUGAACGUGGUAACGGCAAGAGACGCACCUCCAAGGUCGAGGUCGGCACACAAGAAAGACGCCAAGGUCUUGGCGGUUUCCUCAUCCUCAAUGCAAAGUUCCAAUAGGCUCCCACCAAUCUCAUUCGGUCCAGAGGACUAA